ACGCCGCCCAAGAAGAUGAAGAAGCGCAAGGAGCUGAACGCGCUCAUCGGCCUGGGCCCCGGCGACGGGCGCGGCCGCAGCCGCCGCAGCCGCCGGGCCUGGAAAGGCGCCGCGGGCCACCGGCUGCUGCGCACCGAGCCGCCCGCCUCGGGCUCCGCGUCCAGCUCGGAGGACGAGGACGACGACGACGACGACGACGACGAGGAGGACGAGCGCGGCGGCGGAGGAGGGGGAGGCGCCCGCGCGCGCUUCGCCAGAGGAGACUAUUUCCGCUGCUGCAAGGUCUGCUACCCCCUGUGCACCUUCGUGAUCCUGGCGGCGUGCGUGGUGGCGUGUGUGGGCCUAGUGUGGAUGCAGGUGGCCCUCAAGGAGGACCUGGACGGCCUCAAGGAUCAGUUCAGAAUCCUGGAAUCUAAUCAGAAAAGCUCAUUCCAAGAGAUCCCCAAACUAAAUGAAGACCUCCUCCGAAAACAAAAGCAACUGGAGAAGAUUGAAUCUGGAGACCUGGGCUUGAGCAAAGUCUGGAUAAACAUCACAGAAAUGACUAAACAGAUUGCUUUGUUGACUUCCACAGUGAACCACCUCAAAGCCAACAUCAAAUCAGCUUCAGAUUUGAUUAGCCUGCCUGCCACUGUUGAGGGCCUUCAGAAGAGCGUGGCCUCCAUCGGGAGCACCUUAAACAGCGUCCGUCUUGCUGUGGAGGCCGUGCAGAAGACAGUUGACGAACACAAGAAGACCAUCGAGGCCCUCCAGAGGGAGAUGAUCCAGCACCCCGAGAAAGAGAGCAGCAAGGCCGCUCCGUCACCCUCCACGGUCCCAGGCCUGGGCAGGAAAAGCCCAAGAGAGAAUUUCCAGCAGGACAUGCUGCACCUUCAGAGCUCUUUAGAAGAGGUCAACAGGACCCUGGUGGGGUACCAGAGAAAGAAUGACUUUAAGCUUCUGGGGAUGGAUGGGACGGUCAGGAAUCUGACCCAGAGAGUCAACUCGAUAGGAAGCAGCCUGGUGGUUCUGAGCAAGUUAGGAAAGAAAGAGAACCUGUCCUUCACUACGAAAGAAGACAGUGAAGACGCUCAGGCGUCCACGCUGAAGGAGAAGCUCCAGCUGAUCACUGCUCUCACAGGCAAGCCAGAGCCUAACGGGCCACCUGAGGAGGCCUCCAAGGAUGAGAAAAAACAGAGUGCUGUGUCAAGGCCAUCCACAUUUCCAAAAUAUUCCCCACGAUCUCUUGGAAACCAGGUGGAGACAGCUGCCCAUCUGAGACCUGUCUCCAUCCCAGAAAUUUCCAGCCUGACAGAUCUCCUGGAUUUGUUCCAGAAGACAGGCCAGGGGCCCGAGGGGAAGCUGUCCUACCAGGAUCUCUGGGACCAGCUCGGCUCUACCGUCCCAUCUGCCCAGAGCAUGGCAGAGUUCGACAUGGACGGAGAUGGGAGAUAUUCCUUCUCGGAGCUGAGAUUGGCUUUAGGCAUUGAGCAUAUAGAGCAGAAUUAGAAACUGGAAACCCAGCCCAGGCCUCCAGCUGGCUGUCACCUGACAAGUCACCCCUCCCUCAGCCCAGCAGUCCCCACAUCUUUGAAGCUGCAUAGCAUCCCUCAUUUGGAAAAUCUAUAUAAUGGUUAUUUUUUUAAAGAGGAGAACCUUUCCUUCUGGUCGGAUGCUCAGCAGUAACUCUGUGCUUUCAGGGCACCCACAAGAAUGUCGCUCUUAAAACUCCUGCUGAUCCAGGGAGCCCUCCUUCCGCAAGACCAUGUCUUUAAACUGAAAAAGAUGUACAUAGAGAGAGCAAAACCCCUAUUUUCUAUUUUACAUAAAAUUUGCCUUAAAUUAGCUGCACUUUAUAGAAACCCAGAAAAAUCUUGUCUUUUCUGUCCAAGAGAGGCCUUUUCCAAGCAUUUGUUAGUAGUUGGCAUUGAACAGGGAAUUACGUGCACUGGAGGGAUAUGAGAAAACAGUUCAAAAUUAGCCAUUAAUGUCCAGACACUUGCCCCAUGACCCAGGCAGGAGGGCUGCUGCUCACUGAGCAGUCAUCCUGCGCCCUUACCCAGUCCUGACCAGAGAGUCAGAAAAGGGCCUGGGGGGCCCCUCCAACCUUGUUGGACACUCUUCAAGUUGUUGAGCUUAGCUAAAGUGUUUGUAGGAAAGGAUGGCAUGAAACCCUGGGAUCUACCCUUUGUGGCUUCUCCUCCUCUUCCUGAGAUGUUGCCUUCCCCUCCCAGCCCUGCCUGCCCCCUCCUCAGAGCCUGUCCUCCAGCUGAUGGGAUGGACACAGGCUCAGCCCCUACGUGUGGUCUAGGCCCAGUCACCAGGGCCACUCUGGGGGGACCACGUCUUCUCUGCUGCCAGCCGGUGUUGGAGCCUCCUCCAGGAGGUUUCCGCGGGCAGCAAGAUCACAAAAUGAAAUGUCAGACAUGUGCCCUUGGGUGAGACAGGGCAGGAAUCUCCGUGAAUCUUAGCAAGUGCAAUAUCUUUCUUUCUCUUGCCCCUCCUGGCCACGGUGGGGUUGGUGGUGGGUGUCCAGUGCUGGUAGAAAUCUUCUCUUUGCCUCCCUGGGCAGUAAGUUCUGGCCCCAUCUGCCAUUCCCAGGAGGGUCUCUGGAUCACAGAGAAGGAAGCAUCUGCAGAGCUCAUCGGUGGGAACCAGGGAGCCUGGAGAAGUUGCGUCAAGGGAAACCCCUUUUUUUAGAUGAGCUUUGUUCUGGUGUUGGACCCUUCACAGCCUUGCAGUAAAGCAUCGUACCUACUUGGGUAUGUGCUGUUCCUUUGGCAUGAUCCUUAACUUAAGUUUGAGUCAGAAGAACCUCGUCCAGGCAGCAGAGACCAGCUAAGGACAAGCAGGCCGAUGCCCUUCUGGGAUGUGUCCGAUCUGCCGUAACUGGAAGCUUUUCUCCCUGCAUCCCCUUCUGGGUGCACCACGCCAUUGCCCAGUGGAGGACUUUCUCUGCUGUUUACAGGCCCCGUGGGUGCCUGAGACCACCAUCCUGGCCAUGCCUGCAACCCUGUUGGAUACACCUGCCCUUAUAAAUUCUCUAACAACCAAAUAAAAUUCUAGCAAUAAAACUGA